CGCUUUUCAGGUUCUCCAUUUUCGCUUCGUCUUCUUCUUCGUCGUCCUCAUCGUUACUGGCAUAUCCAGAGCUGCAGAGAAACAUGUUCUAUUGAGACUGCUCCGACAAAACGUUUUCUGUGUUUCUUCGUGAUUAAGUUGUCUCUUUGAACGUGUCUUCUUCACAAACAUCGCAUAGUGUCAGUCGAGGUGAAUUGCACAAAUAUGAAGUUCGGGAAACUGUUCAAGAAGCAAAUGGUCCCUGAAUGGAUUGAAGCUUAUAUGGAUUACGGUGGCCUGAAGAGAAUUCUCCGAGAAAUAUCGAGUUACAAGCAGAGUAAGCAGCUUGGAACGUCUUACAGAGAAUUACAACAGAGAGCUCUUCAUCGAUCCUUCAGUGGCUUGUUGUGUCAGCCGAGGCAUACAGAUACUGCAGGGGACGAUGAGGACACAGUGAUAAUAGGAGUUCAGCAAGAUGAUUCUAGGAAUUUUUAUAGGACGAAUUUUCUGAGGAAAUUCGAAGGAGGAGGAGAAAUCGAAGAAACUUUCUUCAGAAAACUCGAUGAGGAGCUUAACAAAGUUGACAUAUUUUACCGAGACAAGGUGGAUGAAGUGGUGCAUGAAGCUGCUUUGCUCGAUAAACAGAUGGAUGCACUUAUUGCUCUGCGGAUCAAGGUUCAAAAACCUUGUGUCGAUAACCAGAAUCUGGAGAAACAUCCCUCUGAUACUGUCAUGACAGAUACACCCGAGAGCACGACGAGAAUCCCAGGUGAAAAUAUAGAGAUGGUGAAUGGUAUUGACAGAACUGCAAUUUCUGAAGAACAAGCCUUUAAUGUGGUGGCUGAUUCUGUCCCUGUUUUUUGUUAUGAUUAUGGUCACGAAGGGGAAAAUAGUACUGGCAACAAGCAGGAUCUCCACGAAAUACUUGAGCGCGUGAAAAUAAAAAAUUCACUCGAGUCUCCUAUUUCUACCUUAAAAGGGGUUUUCGGGGAUUCUAAGAAUGAAGAACCGAGUUUCAAGAAAGGACUAAGGAAAGCGGAGGAACAGUUGAGGCUUGUCUUUGUUGAAUUCUAUCACACACUCCGUCUUCUGAAGGAAUACAGUUUCAUCAAUCUCCUGGCAUUUUCAAAGAUCAUGAAAAAGUACGAGAAGAUAGCAUCAAGGAAAGUGUCCAGAAAUUACAUGAAAAUAGUGGAUAACUCGUUCAUUGGUAGCUCUGAUGAGGUAACCAGAUUAAUGGAGAGAGUAGAGGUUACUUUCGUCAAGUACUUUUCAAAUGCAGAUAGAAGAGAAGGUAUGAAGUGUCUACGGCCAAAAGUUAAAAGAGAAAGGCACAGAGUUACCUUCUUUUCAGGUUUCUUUUCUGGUUGUUCCAUUGCUCUGAUUAUCGCUGUUGUUUUCAAGAUAGAGAAUAGAAAGAUAAUGAAGAAGAACUAUGGUAUCCCUUACAUGACCAACAUUAUUCCCCUUUACAGCCUAUUUGGAUACAUUAUUCUGCAUAUACUCAUGUACGCAGCAAAUAUUUACUUCUGGAGGCGUUAUCGAGUCAACUAUACCUUCAUAUUUGGUUUCAAGCAAGGGACAGAAAUGGGUUACAGAGAAGUCUUCCUGGUCGGCACUGGUCUUGCAGUGCUUGCCUUGAUCUGUUUCCUUGUAAAUUUGCAGCUCGAUAUGGGCUGGAGAAUAAAAGAUCACAAGACACUAUCUGAAGCUAUGCCUUUAAGUUUGGUUGCUAUUGUUCUAGUCAUACUCUUUUGUCCUCUCAACAUCAUAUACCGUUCAAGUCGAUUAUUCUUCAUACGAUCUCUAACUCGCUGCGUUUUUGCCCCUCUUUACAAGGUUAGGCUUCCAGAUUUUUUCUUGGCUGACCACCUAACCAGUCAGGUACAGGCCAUAAGGAGUUUUGAGCUUUUCAUUUGCUACUACGGUUUAGGAGAAUACAUGCAGAGGCACAAAAAGUGCCACAAGCAUGGUGUCUAUAAUGUCUUUUACUUUGUUGUUGCUGUUAUACCAUACUGGCUUCGCUUUCUCCAGUGCAUCCGGAGAUUAUGUGAAGAGAAAGAUUCCAUCCACGGAUACAACGCUCUGAAAUAUCUUUUAACAAUCAUUGCCGUCGUCAUAAGAACAGCGUUUGAACUGAAAAAGGGUCGUAAAUGGAUGAUUUUGGCUCUUAUAAGCUCGGGCAUUGCAACAGUGAUGAAUACCUUCUGGGAUAUCAUAAUAGACUGGGGAUUGCUCCGUAGGCAUUCCAAGAAUGCUUACCUAAGGGAUAAACUCUUGGUGCCUCGCAAGAGUGUCUAUUUCGCAGCCAUGGUGCUGAAUGUGAUACUGAGAGUAGCAUGGAUGCAGCUGGUGCUGGAGUUCAACAUGAGAUCGCUUCAGAAAAUCGCAGUAUUAACCAUCACUUCCUGCUUGGAGAUUGUUCGUCGUGGUGUUUGGAGCUUCUUCAGAUUGGAAAACGAGCACUUGAACAAUGUCGGAAAAUACAGAGCCUUCAAAUCGGUUCCACAUCCCUUCGAUUACUACGAUGAUGAUGAAACUGACAAGGAUGACUGACCAAAACUCCCCUGCCUGUUCUUU